AUGGCAAUGACUACCAAUAUUAUUGACAGUCAUCUUCACGUAUGGGCGAGUUCUAAAGAAUCAAGAACGUUUCCAUACGCUGAAGGCCAAGAUCCCCCUGAAUCUCUCACCGACGUAGCAUCGAAGUUGGCCCUCUUGGAGCAGAUGGAGAUUGCUGGAGUUGGCGGUUCUCUCCUUGUGCAACCGAUCAAUCACAAGUUCGACCACUCCUACGUUAUCUCGGCGAUCAAGGAACAUCCAGAAAAGUUCAAAGGAAUGCUGUUGCAUGAUCCUAGUUUGUCAUCGGAGGAAGCUGUGUUGCGAUUGGAGCAACUCGCAUUGAAGGGUUUUGUUGGCGUUCGAUUUAACCCAUAUCUUUGGCCAAGUAAGGGUGACGGAUGGGAGAAUAUGUCCCAGGGCUCGGGCCUUGUGACAUUUAGGAGAGCGGGGGAGCUCCAGAUGCCUGUCGGCAUAAUGUGCUUUCGUGGUCUACAAUUGCACCUUGAAGACAUUAUUCAAUUGCUAGAGACCUGCCCAGACACGACUAUGAUUCUGGAUCACUUUGGUUUCACAUCCUUCUCUGAAGAUGGGAAUGCUGCGUUUCAAGAGCUUUUGAAGCUUGCAAAAUAUCCUCAGUUGGUUGUGAAGAUCUCAGCUCUAUUCCGCCUUGGUGACUCAGCCCCGUACGAGAAGGUGAGAAAAGAAAGAUUUGAACCACUUCUUCAAGCCUUCGGCCCGAAUAGGUUAAUGUUUGGAACAGACUUCCCAUUUGUACUCCAACAGGAGCCGUCUUACGCUGGGAUGGUGAAACUUGUUUCAUCUUGGAUCCCUAGUGAUGAUGCACAAUCAGCAGUGAUGGGAAAGACGGCAGAGCGGUUGUUUGGAGCUUGGGGUCAAAGUAAGGAAUAA